UGUUGAAUGCGUGGGAGACGGGUAUCUCAUUACAGUCGUCAACUUCAUCCGGUACUACAAGAGGCUUUUCUAGUGUGAAACUGCAGUUAUUUCAGCAUCUUGAGGAGCAGGCAUGGAUACAGCACGCGCAGCUAGAGCGCAUAUUAUCUGGACAUCGAUAGCUUUGGUCCUCAUUUUAAUCGCAACAUGCUUGACAUAUAUCUUCAUGUCGAAGGUGUCUGGAUGCCAAAGAAUUAAAAACGUGAAUGACUCCACAAUAGAAAGUAUGUUCAGACAUCAAGUCUCUCAAGAAAAAUGGCUUCUAAAAGCUUGCAAUCACACAGAUAACCGUUUGGUUUGGGAUGAUGAGUGGGAGGCCCACAAGAGUCGGGGUGAGAGCAUUCUGGACCAAAACAGAACGUGGAUAGUUGUACGAGAGAAAGGGGUUUACCUGGUCUACGUACAGGCGAACUUUGAGCUAAAGCCACAGAAGGAUACUGAAAAACUCAAUCUUUUAGUGGAACUCAAUUAUGGUGAGAAAACGGAGAUUUUUACAGCCGCACAUGACACUCGGGUGGUGAAUGGCAACACGUCUAUAGAUGCAAAGCUCAACACUUUCCUUCUGAUGUACAUGCAAUCGACAAACCAGUUAUCAGUCAGAGCAUAUCCAAGCAAUUUGGUGAACUAUAAUGCACGACCCUUCUCCACCUUCAUCACUAUCAUAAAAUGGGCAGACGACUGGUAGACUGUGGAGCAUGGGCAAUAAAUAUUGCAUAAAUGAUCGGUUAUAUCCAUGGACCAUGUCCAGUUUUUACAAUGGCAGCUUAAAUUCUUGUUAGCUUUAAUUGUGACAUUUCAAUAUGACACAGUCUCAAGAUCAGCUGCUAGAACACCUGAGAUUUUCCAGCUGUCAUACUAGGAAAUGCUCUUGACAUUAACAAGGAUUGCGUGGGGGUUAUGAUACUUUCUUGGUGUUUUUUCUUCUUCCUUUCGAAAUAUGAAGAUCACAUCUCAUGAUCUUCUCAGAAGCAUGACACAUUUUCCUCUCAACCGAUAUAUGAGUUAAGUUUGUUGUGUUUCAGUUUUUGUAUGAGUCAAUAUGAAAAAGGGCAUGAUAUAUGGUUUGUGAGCACUGACUUUGAAGAUUCUCAUGUAUUACGUAGGCUUCAGAAAAUAUGUCAUAGCUGCCUGCAAACAAACAUUGUUUUACCAAACAGAAAUAGUAAGCUAAUUUUGAGCAAGUGGGUAUUUUUCAGUGAAAUGUAUGUUCGUGUAUAAAUAUAAUCAUGUAGUAUUUUAAUCAUCGACAGCUGAAUGUAAAAAACCUCAUAACAGCAACAUAUCAGUUUUUGAUAUAAAUGCUCAGCGUGUCAUAAAAAAGCUAAGCAACACUUUAUUGUGUAAAUAUGGGCUUUUUUUUUUCUUUUUCCAAGACAAGCAAUCGACAUUUUAAAUUUGAAAACAACUUACAAAUUCUUGAUAGGAUGUGGUGCCAGUUUUCAUCCAGCCAUAGAAGCACUUAUUUGUUCAUGAAUGUCAUGGAAUAGUUUUCACAUAAAUUACCACACUAAUCCAAUCAGUCAAGCAAGCCAUAUAAAACUGAACCACAUGAGCUGUUUUAAUGAGACAGUGGAAUGUUUUUUUUGUUGUUGUUGUUGUUGUUUGUUUGUUUGUUUGUUUGUUUGUUUGUUUGUUUUUCAGUCAGGAAAAUACCAUUUAUGAUAAUCAAAUGACCCUAGCCAGCCAUUCUUUUUCUUAAAGUAUUUCUUUUUCUUUUGUAUUCUUUCACAGAUAAGCCCUUAUACUUGUGUUUAUACUUAAGGUAACUGUUCACGCUGAGUGAUUUCAAUUGACUACGUUUUACUGUUCUCAAAUAUAUAAGCAAUAUUAUAUUUAUAUGCAAUUUGUAAUAUUUUUAUUUAAACUAUUAAUUAUAAAUAAAGUCAUAUGCUGUAGCUCCUUC